CUGUGGAAGUGAGGGGUGUGGCGUUACAAACACUUCCGGGUUGAAUGGAAGCCGGUCUGGAAGUUUCUAGUGCGAGCGCUUCUGUACAAGUGUUUUAUGUAAUUCAGGUAUUGGCAAAAGCACUAGGAGUGGGGAAAUGGAUAAUGAGGAGCCUCCGGGGUGUGCGAACUCCCACAAUCUCUCCAGCGAGGAGGAACAUGAGGAACAUGGCGAGGAAUCCUUGUUAUCUCUUGGAGGCAGUGAAGUGAAAAGCAGGGCCAUUGUGAAAUAUUCUUCUGCCCCACCCACUACAUUUGCCCGCCUUCAAGAAAAAACAGAUUUAAAGCUUCCUCCGGCCAACUGGCUACGGGAAAAUGCCAAUCUUGGGCCCGCCAUCCAAAACAGCAGCAAAAAAAGCAAGCCAUUUUCAAGCUUUGGGAUGGCAUAUGAUUUUAUUGACACCGUUGGAAAGGAGGUGGAUGUUGUAGCUGAUUCAGAGAACAUAAAGAAACUUCUGAAGAUCCCAUAUAGCAAGUCUCAUGUCAGUAUGGCUGUUCACCGAAUUGGGAGGACACUGCUUCUAGAUGAACUGGACAUUCAGGAACUCUUUAUGAGAUCCUCUCAGACAGGAGACUGGACAUGGCUAAAAGAGUUUUAUCAGCGUUUGAUGGACCAAAAGUGGCAGAGGAAAAAAAAGAGUAAGGAGCAUUGGUACCAGAAGGCUAUUCUCUCCAAGUUCUUAUACUACAGUAUCAAUGGAGAUGAUGCAGCUGAACCUGUUCCGACAGCAUCAAAUGAGCCCAGAGAAGCUCAGGACCUUGGGGGCCAAACCAGCCGUGAACAUGUUGCCUGGCCUGCCCCAUUUGAAACACUUCCAUCUGUAUCAGAAGAUGGUGGAGCUUCCAAUCAGGGAACUGUGUCCAUUGACCCCUCAGAUAGAGAGGGACGUGUGGCCCCAGUCACCAAAGAACAAAGUCUUCCCACUUUCUUUAAUGACAGGGAACAUGGUCAGGGACUUAAAAAUGACUUUGUCAGAAAUAUCCUGUGGACGUUUGAAGAUAUUCACAUGCUGGUGGGCUCCAAUAUGCCUAUCUUUGGUGGUGGGCGGUAUCCUGCUGUGAGUUUGCGUCUCAGGGACAACAAUAAGCCAAUCAAUGUGCUGACUGGUAUUGAUUAUUGGUUGGAUAAUCUGAUCUGUAAUGUCCCUGAACUUGUGAUGUGUUUCCAUGUCAAUGGGAUUGUACAGAAAUAUGAGAUGAUUAAAACAGAAGAUAUACCAAAUCUGGAGAAUUCAAAUUUUUCAACUAAAGUUAUUAAAGACAUAGCACAAAAUAUUUUAUCGUUUUUGAAGUCUAAUUGCACUAAAGAAGGACACACUUACUGGCUUUUUAAAGCCAGCGGCAGUGACAUAGUAAAGCUCUAUGACCUUACAACUUUAUGUGAAGAAACGGAGGAUAAAUACCAAAACCCAUUCACCAUGCCCGUGGCCAUUCUUCUUUACAAGGUGGCUUGUAAUAUGAUGAUGAAGAAAACCCAAAACAGGAAGCACUAUGGAACCAUCCGAACAUUGUUAUUAAACUGCCUGAAGUUAGUGGACAAGGGGAGGCAUCCACAAAUUAUUGCAUCAGCCAAUUACAUGCUUUCAGAACUUUUCCAACUCGACGAGCCAAAGAAAGAAGAAAAUGGGGAUGUUCCAUCCAACGGGAACUCCGAUGAAAGCUACAGUGAAGAGGAGGAGGAAGAAAUGGCUGACAGCGAUGAAACUCUGUCCUACAACUCCACUUCCGAAAUUAUCGAAGACUCCAAAGCCAUCGCUGUCAUUAAAUCAGUCAGGGAGUUAUCUGUUCCGGAGAAAUAUAAAUCCACGCAUCAGAUACGGUCUAACUACACAUUCCCAGUUUGCAGCGACACUGAGGAACGAUGCCGAUUAGUGCUCAGUUAUGUUUUAGAGGGGUUGAAAUGUGUUGACAGCAGUGUGAAAAAAGACGGGGAGCUCCCAGCAGCAGACCCCAGUACUCCUAUCCCACUGAAAUACGAGGAUGACUCAGCUGACAGGCCUGAGUGCAUGGAAAAGCAAAUUGAGUUAUUUCUCCAUAAAAUGGGAUCGUCGGAAAAUAAGUGUUCGAGCCGAUCUGGGAUUGUUCCAGAUGCCUGGCAGUUUAAAAUAAAGCUCCAGCUCAUACUCAAAGCCUCAAAAGCAUAUUAUGUGCUCUCGGAUGCAGCAGUGAGCCUACAGAAAUACGGCAGAGCACUGAGAUAUGUCAAGCUGGCAUUGCAGUGUCACGAUGCCUACAGUUGCCUGUGCACUGGCAUUGUGCCCGAUGUGAUGCUCCUCCUCUGUCAGUACCUCACUCUGUGCGGGGACGUCCAGUUAAUGCUGGCCCAGAAUGCAAGCAACCGAGCUGCCUAUUACGAGGAGUACAGUUACCAAACCCGAGAUGACCAGGAAAUCCUACACAGUCUUCAAAGGGAAUCCAGUUGCCAAGGUUUUUCGUGGGCAACUGAUCUAAUCAAUGACCUGGAAUGCCAACUCUCUGUGAGUUGCAGAUGCUACGAGUCAGCCAACGAAAUUCUGUCCUUCACAAACCUGCGGACCCAGAACCCAGAACAGAGCACACAGGUCCUGAAACGCCUUGGGAAUAUCCGGAAUGAAAUCGGAGUGUUUUAUAUGAACCAAGCAGCUGCUUUGCAGUCAGAGAGAUUAGCAAACAAAAGCGUUUCCAGUGCAGAGCAAGACUUGUGGAAGAAGAGCUUCUCUAGCUUUGAGAAAGGUAUUUCCAGUUUUGACUCCAUCAAGGACUUGACCAACAUUGCCCUCUUACUGUGCAACAUGGGCCGCUUGAUGCGGAUUUGCGCCCAGGCUCAUUCUAGUGGCGGAACUGAUCUUGGCAGAGGGGAAUUCUCUCCAGAGGAGGCUCUCUACUAUAAUAAGGCUGCUGAUUAUUAUCACAAAGCAUUAAAGGCUUUGGAUAAAAGAGAGAACCAUCAGGCCGUUUGGGACUCUGUGUACUGGGAGCUGUCAACGACAUAUUUUACCAUGGCCACCUUGCUGCAGGAUUAUGCCCCUCUAUCCAGGAAAGCCCAGGAGCAGAUUGAAAAAGAAGUAACGGAAGCCAUGAUGAAGUCCCUGAAAUACUGCGAUGUCGAAACUGUGUGCGCAAGACAACCACUGUGCCAGUACAGAGCGGCGACCAUUCACCACAGGCUGGCCUCCAUGUACCACAGCUGCCUGAGGAACCAGGUGGGCGAUGAACACUUAAGGAAACAGCACCGUGUCAUGGCAGAUCUGCAUUACAGCAAAGCAGUUCAGCAUUUCCAGUUUCUGAAGGAUGCACCAUGUGAGCUGUUACGGGUGCAGCUGGAGAGGGUUGCCUUUGCCGAAUUUCAGAUGUCAAGUCAGAACAGCAGUGCUGGGAAACAGAAGACUCUGUAUGGGGCUCUGGAUAUCAUGAUGAAAACCCGCUGUGCGUUUGUUGUUAUUCACAAGGAGCUGCUGGCCGAAUCUGACCAGGGGAGUGAGCAUGGAAGCGAGACAACCGAAGAUUCCUCAGCCAAUCUCAGCAAGGAGGAGGUGCUAAAACUGGUCAAUAUAUUUGAGUCUCGCCUGUCAUUCCUUCUCCUGCAGUUUGUCAAACUGCUCAGCUCGUCCAAGAAGAAAAACAGUGUCCCAGAGGAGGAGGCGUCUCUGAGAACAUACAAGCAAGUGUAUUCCAAUCUGUUACGGGCGACGGCCAACCGAAGCGCAACCCUGAGCGAGCGACUCAGCCUCCUAAUACAUUUACUGGAUCAGCUCACCCCUAAGGAGCCAGCCAGCGAGUCCGCCACUCCGUGACCCAAACAUUGUUUUCCAGUUACAACGUGGAUGCCGUGCCUUGUUAAUCCCGGGAUUGGUGGGUUGCUCCAUUUGCUGCGUAACGCAGCCUGCAACGAAAUAUGCAAUGCGCUGCUGUGUAAGUGACAAAGGCGUUUGAGAGACAAUAAGGCUGCCAUGAAAAGCUUGAGAGGUGCCGCACAAGGUGCACGUGUGGAGAUUUGUGUUGUAUGCAAAGCCAAGCGGUGGGGGUGACUUUGUUGCUCGGGACUGGACUGGCUGGUCAGAAAGCCAGAAGUUUCCCAGGUAGAAGUUAAUGGGCCGCCGUACGCUCAUUUUUGUACUUUCCCUUUGUAUUUGUUUCAUUGAAAUAAUAAGGGGUGAAUGUAUCAUAACUCUUAAUAAGCUGUAGCCUUACUGGGCUGCCAUGGCCCUGCCUAACUGGCCACAACCUUGCUUCAUUUGCCAUAGCCCUCCUGUUGCUUUAUAUGCCCUUCUAUAGAGAAUGACGCCAGUCAGAUGGAUGCCGGUGCUAUGUUAUAGUGGCACUUUUAUAUUCCACUCAGUCUCUCUCCAGCACUCAGCUAUUGGCUACAGAUCUGCUCCCUAUUCUGUUCAUUAAAGGGGAGGUUUGCAUUUAAGUGAACGGUUAGUAUGUCACACACCUAUUCUAAGCAACUUUUUAUUUGGUCUUUUUUUUCUUCUGUAUCCUGAAUACAUUCCAGCCUGCUACUGAAAAUCCUUUCUGGUUGCCAGGGUCACUGACCCCAGCAACCAAAAAACCCCAGGCUUCAAUGUUUAUUUUUGGUUAUUAACUUUCUUUUCAGACCUUUCCAAUCUUCUGCCUUUUGCUUUUGUAAUGAAGUCCAAGCAGCCAGAGUGUAGCCUAAAUUCUAAGCAAAAUUCUAAUGAAAAAUCAAUGUAAACAUUAACAAAAGACUUAUUGCCUGUUGCUUUAGAAUAUGAUUGUCUGCAGCAAUACAGACUGUUCAUUUUCAGGCAACCUACCCCUUUAUAUUCAUAACAUUUAGCAUACUGGGGCAGUGUUUUGUUUUUUUACCCUUCUUACCUUCCUAGUAGUUGUCUGUGUCUCAGGCUUACAGAUAAGGAGUUGUUCUUGUUGGGUAUGUAACCGUGACUAGCAGUUACCUGUAUAAAAGUCCUUCCAGUUUUACUGCUCUACACUGAACGUCACGAGGAAUUAUAAAAGCCAGAUAUAUUCAUAGAAAUAAAGUUCAGCCCAAGCCCUAAUCAUCAAACUUAGGCCGAGAGCAGGAAUAUUAGUGCCCCUGUAAUAAUGAUCUUUAUACCCAGUAACAGCAUAUAAAGGCAUGGUGCUCAAGGCAAAAGGAACAUUUUGCCGCAAAAAAAUCACUCUGGGUAUUUGUUCCAAUGGGAUUCAGCAUUUCAGUUACCAACUGUGCAUUACAUGGGAGAAUGGGUAGUAGGGUGCAGUCAUAAAGGAAAGGUGCCUGGGUAGGAAUCAUGGGAAAUGGGAGGUGGAAAUUAGCGUGGGGGAGGGUCAUAGGGAAAAGAGGAGGAAAACAGCGUGGGUGGGAAUCAUAAGGAUAAAGGGAGGAGGAAAUACCAUGGGGGAGGGUCAUAAGGAAAAGAGGAGGAGGAACAGGGUGUGGGGGAGGAUCAUAAGGAAAAAGGGAGGAGGAAAUAGCAUGGGGGGGGAUCAUAAGGAAAAGUGGAGGAGGAAUUAGCGGGGGGGGGGAGGAUUAUAAGGAAAAAGAGAGGAGGAAAUAGCAGGGGGAGGAUCAUAAGGAAAAGUGGAGGUGGAAUAGAGCAUGGGUGUGGGGAGGGAAAUGACAUAAGGAAGGAUUAUAAGGAAAAAGGGAGGUGAAAAAAUCAUGGAUUAGAAUCAUAUGGAAAAUAAACAGGAGGAGGAAGAUCCCAGGCCAUGUUCCAUGUUUCCUUUUAGUGGAAAAUACCUCAUUAAAAUGAUUUCUCUUGCAUUUACUUUCCCCAUAGGGCCAAUAACAAUAACCAAUGAAAUGAGUUUAUAGUUUGCACAGUCCGUGCCUUCACCUCUCUCACAUUGCCUGGUGCUGAGCCCCUAUUAGCCCACAAUGGGGCUACGAUUCUUCAUGCCUUUUCUCUACUCUGAAAUGUGAAAACUUUGUGAAAAAAAGUUAAAAUAUUUGUAUUUAUUUAAAAUAAAAAUCCGUAUUCCUUA